AUGGCAACGUCGAUGUACUUGCCACAACAACGCGGGAAUGGGUUGGCCGAAAAACCGCGUCCCGCCAACGGCCUCCCAACGCACUCUGCUGCCGUGCGCGAAAAGUGGCAGAAACACCACCAUAGCGGCUCCUGGCUUGUCCCCGUAUCCCUCUCCAUCCCGGGCGUACGUUCUCGCCGCCUCCGCCUUAUGAUCCCCAACUUCGACAAGCUGCACCACGGCACCAUCAUGCGCUUUGGUCGCCGGAGAGGGCGGAUACUCCUCGCCGUCGGCUUCCUCGCCACCAUGGUCACCAUCUAUAUGAUGUUAUCCAUCCGGGACCGCUUCGUGCCAGAGGACAGGCCGUGGACGACCUACUCGGACCCCUCCACGCUCGUCUUCAGACGAGAGGAUCUCCAGCGGAUAUGGGAGUGGGAGAUAGCUGCAGGGCACUAUCCCAGCGCGGCCAAGAUCCCGGAAAGCAUUGGUCUGACGACUCCACCCGUCAACCCCGCGCUUCCACCUCAGAAGAUGGCGUCCAUCCCGACGCGUUUCCGCUCGCCUUCAUUCAUCGACACGAUUGGCAUUGGCGCGAAACGUGUGUACCUCGACAUUCAGAGCAAGUCGCCCAAUGUCGCGUAUCCUCCUCGCCCGUUACCCGGUAGCGUGGCAGACAUGGACAUAGUGGCCGAUCACUGUGACUUCUCCAAUGACAAGUACGUUCGUGACUGCCUUGAAGUGCUGCGACUUGGUGGUGGACUGGAUGUGGGUCCUCGGGUCCGAAGAGGCAAGAUGGACGACUGGAAGUACAUAUACGUGGAGGACGGCGAGUUCCAGAACAGCAGCUCUCAAGCGCUCCCUCAGGUCAACCCGGCCCUCGCGCUCAAGAGCAAGGGUGUCGCAGACCCGAACGCCGGUCUCGCCAAGAAGCGCAACGCCGAGUGGGAACCUCACGUUUACUUCCCUGCCCCACCCAAGUACACCCCCCACCAUGAUCGGCCAACCUCAUGCGACGAGAACCCCCAUCUGUUCCAUAUGUUCUGGACGGGACCGUUUACGGACAAGCCGUAUCUCGCUCUUUUGUCGUUCCUGUAUACUCAGAACGUCGGCCUGCACCUCGAUUCCGAUGUGGAGGACCCCACUGUUUGCCGGCCAAAGUUCUGGCUGUGGAUCAACCCCGGACCAGCCGCAUCCGUCCCCAACCCUUCGGCUUUACGCGACAUGUACGACCAGUUGAAGUCGAACCCAUGGGCCUCUCCCUUCUUGCACCCGCGCUUCAAGAAUGUCAUCCAGUUCAAGUUGUGGAACACUACGGAACAGCUCGACGGCAUUCCCGAGCUCAAGGACGAAUGGCGAGUUCUUCGAGAUUCACUCUUCAACUCUGGCGGUGUUGUGGAGAAAAUACCUCAGAAGGCUGAGGACGAGUCGGAUUCGCUCGCGGAUGAUAGCACGGACACCAACGUUUUCACGAAAGCUGCCGUGAACGACGAGGACGAUCAGGCUAACCGCGUAGGGUCGUCCUCGCCCAGCACUUAUGAUCGUCUGUCAGUCAUUCUUUCGGAUAUGGCGCGCUUCGUCCUCUGCCACCGCUUUGGCGGUAUCUACCUCGACGCCGACACCAUCCUGCUGCGCGACUGGGAGGAGCUCUGGGGCUGGAAUGGCGCGUUUGCGUACCGGUGGUCGCGUUUGCCGAAAUACAACACGGCGGUCCUCAGGAUGCACAAGGGAUCUGCGCUUGGCACGUUCUUGUUCCGGACCGCGCUCAAGAAUGGGUUGGACUUCCACCCGAUGACUGUUUCAAAGUACGCCUCGGACGCCGGGAUCGAGGGACUACUUUUACGGUUACCGGACGCUCUCUUCGAUUCUGCGUGGUUGAACACCGAAGACUUUCAGCGUGACCGGCCCCCUCAGCCGUUCUUCACCGAGUUCGCAGAUUUAUUCUUCACACCUCGGGAGAAAAGCUCUGCGCCGCAAGCUCUCGGGUUUACCGGCUUCUUCAGGGGUGCUUACUCGUACCACUUCCACAACUUCUGGUGGCAACCAUUCGAUGCGGCACGCAACUGGCCUGACUUGGGACCUCGCUUCAUCAAUGGCGAACGGGCUGCGCGUGCGUUAGCGCAAGCCAACCAACCAGCCCAAUCGGAGAACGCAGAGCCCGCAGAAGAUGAUGUGAAGGAUGACAAGCGGGACCUUGACUGGUCCGCGGUCUUGAAGCGGACGUUUGAGGCGUACAUUCGUGGGGAAGUGCCCAAUGCGUAUGGCGAGUGGCUAAAAUGGUAG